AUGACUCCUUGCAAGAAUAAGGUUGUGUUCAUAAUGGGAUCAACGGGCACAGGAAAAACCAACCUUUCGAUUGACCUAGGCUCACAUUUCCCUUCUGAAAUAAUUAACGUUGACAAGAUCCAAGUUUACAAGGGUUUGGACAUCAUCGCCAACAAGAUCGCAGAAUCUCAACGACGAGGAAUCCCCCACCACCUCCUCGGAAUCAUCGAAGAUCCCGAUUUUGACUUCACUCCUACCUAUUUUUGCGACUAUGUCAUCUCUGCAAUCGAACAUAUCACCAAACAAGGACACAUACCCAUCAUCGUUGGAGGCUCCAACACCUACCUAGAAUGCCCUGUGGAAGAUGCCACCUUAGACUUUCGUUCCAAAUAUGAUUGUUGCUUCCUGUGGCUUGACGUAUCUCUUGAUGUCCUGUUUCCCUAUCUGGACAAAAGGGCUGAUGAAAUGGUGGACGCAGGGUUUGUGGAUGAGACUAGAGAGUACUUCAUGCCCGGGGCUGACUAUUCGGCUGGAAUCAGAAGAGCAAUUGGUGCUUUUGAAUUCGACGAGUAUUUUAAGGUAGAGAACGAUCUUAAUGUUGACGAUAGUUACAAGCAAGAGUUGCUCAAAGACGCUCUUCGAAGAAUGAAAGAGAACACUCAUACCCUGGCUCGAUUGCAACUUUCAAAGAUACGUCGAAUCAAUAAUGAGCUUUCCUGGGGAUUGCAUCGUAUUGAUGCUACUAAGGUAUUUGAGGCUGUUUUGAAUGGCAAUGUGUAUCAAGUUUUGUGGAAAGAUAUUGCUUUUAAUCCAAGCAAGGAGAUUGUUCAGAAUUUCCUUCAAGGCUAG